UACUCCCUCCCACCCGUUACUCCCUCCCACCCGUUACUCCCUCCCACCCGUUACUCCCUCCCACCCGUUACUCCCUCCCACCUGCUAUUCCUGUUUCUGCCAUUCGUUUCAGCCCUUCAAAUCGCGCCACUGAGAGGGCUAAGGGGUUGCCAGCUGGCAGCACACAACACAAGCAGCCGCCACAGCUAAGUACCCACUCCACGCUCCUUCUUGCACGUUUUGACUGCUUUCACUUGCUUUUGAUUUGCCUUUGUGAGACACUCUGACUCGCCCGCACACACUUCGUCUGCACACAUGCCCACAUACACACACACCAGUCCAUGCAUCCAUGCUUCUUGCCUCCUCUCUUAAAGCGAACCACUUGCAGCAGCCUAGGUCACGUGGUGGUGCAGACCCAUACUCCAGGUGCCCCCCCGCCCACUAGGGUUUAGCCUUCCUCUAUCCUUUUACGACUUAUACCCCCCCACCCCCCCUACCCCCUGGGUCUGCACCAUGUGCCUAGUGCUGGUAAGUGGUCCCUCUACUGCGAUUACCUGAAAACCCACCCUACCCCACCCAUGCCCACCUCUCACGCCUCUACCUCUAGCCGCUUACUCACUGCUCUACAGUUUUCCCCUGCUGGUUGAGGGAAGGGGCGUGGGGGUCAACACCUCCACUCCCCCACACCCCUCCCCUUGUGGCCGUGCAGUCUGACUCACCUCUACUCCUCCUCUCUGCCUGUGCAGGUGUCUCUGGUGGGUGAGUGGGUGGGGGGCGCAGCACCCUACUCGGCUGCAACUGACAAGGGAGAGUAUCGGGGUUGGGCCAGCCACUCAAGGUGAGCACUCAAGGUCUUUUUGCAUCUUUCCAGUGCUGUUUGUAUUGCCCACUGUGACUCACACCGACUCCUCUCUGCCUGCGCAGGUGCCUCUGCUGGGAGCACACAAGCAGCCACAGCAGUUGUGUACACACCCCACACACACUCUCUCUCUCCCUCGCAUUUUGGCUGCUUUCACUCCCAUACUUUGACUUUGUGAUGCAACAUUGUCACAUUCACUCACACACACACUCACUUGCAUCCGCACCUCAUCACUCCAUCCAUGCUGCCCGCCCUUCCCCCUAAAACCGAACCACUCGCAGCAGCCUAGGUCACAUGGUGCAGACCCCCUAUUCCAGGUGCCCCCCCCCCUAAGGUCAAGCCUACCUAUAUACUAUUAAGACUUUCUACGUAUCCCCCCCCGGGUCUGCCCGGUGUGCCUAGUGCUGCUUCAAUGGUCCCUCUGCUGCUAUCACCUGCCACCCCACCCCACCCCACCCAUGCACACCUCCCAAUCUUCAAUCCUUCAUAGCUUACUCACUGCUCCACAGUUUCCUGCUUGCCUGCUGAGGGGAGGGACGUGGGGGUCAACACCGCCACUCCCCCACACCCCUCCCCUUGUGGCCGUGCAGGUGCCUCAGGUGGGUGGGGAGGGAAGCUGGGAGAAGCGCUGCCAUGAGGGAGAGUAUCUGGGGUGGGGUUGGCCUCUCAAGGUAAGCCCCUUGUCUCCAACCCCUCUUGCUGCUGCAGUCUCUCCGCCCCCUCUUCCUUCACCGCCUUUCCGGUUCGUACUUGUUUGAUUUGCAGUCUCCGUUUCCUUCACUGCCUGUCUUUCUGGUUCUUUGUUGAAAGUCCUGCACUGCACCUAGCUUCGUUCUGACUGCCUCCCUUUUCUGCCCGCCCCCAACAGGUGACCAAGCAUCAUUUAAAGACUGCAGCAUAGGAGUCUAGUUUUGAGGCGCCUCAAAACUUGUGCACCUAGCUUCGUUCUGUCUGCCUCCCUUUUCUGCCUGCCCCCAACAGGUGACCAAGCAUCACUUGAAGACUGCAGCAGAGGCAGCUGAGCAGCAGACAGCAGCACCAGAAGCAGCAGCACCAGAAGCAGCAGCAGCAGCAGCAGAAGCAGAAGCAGCAGUUGGGGGUGGGCGGUUAGAGGGCAGGCUAGGAUUAGGAGUGAGAGAGCGAGGUAUGGUAUCAGGUACAGGUAUGGUCGUCUCACCCCCUCUGCUUCUUUCCUUCCUACAGCAUGUGGAUCUGGGGGGCCUUGGAGCAAUGGCAGGAGCUUGGGGCGAGGGCAGGAGAAUGGAGCCCACCCCCUCUCUCACCUCCUCUUCUUCCCCCCCCUUCCCUUCCCUCCAGCAGCAUCACGCCUUGAGGAACGGGAGGUGCAGUCCCCACCCUCACCUCCCCUCCCCCCUUUGUAGCAGGUUGCGGCAUCGUGGGCUCCAUUCGGCUAUGCACCCUCUGUGGUUCCUGCCUUGUCGGUCGGGUGUGGUCAGUGGAAAGUGUGUGGCACGGCAGUCGUUCCUCAAGUAACAACACUAGUGGCGUAUCGUAUAAUGGAACCGGUCAGAGCCAUGCGCGCCGGCUCUGGUUGGGAGUCCCCUCCUACGACGCUGAAUGUGGCGGGAUUUGAGUCUUGGGCCGCCCGUGCAUUUUCCACUGCCAUACUUUGACCACAAGGCACAACCAUGGGGGAUGCUGUUUCCGAAGGGGAGUGGGGGGCCUGAAACUCCCUUGAUGAGUUGAUCGGUCGGUGAAGGAGGGCUUCUCAACCUACACUGUAAGUUGAGCGAGGGGGAGCAGAGGAGCAAAGGAGGGCGUCUGCGACUGCCACUUCACCACUGUAAGUUGGGUUAGAGGGAGAGGGGAAAGGGGGCCUGAACCCCCCUGUGUACGUUGAGUGAGAGGGGCUGAAUCCAGCAGCGCCAGUCAAAGGAGGGGCACAGGAGGGCGUCUGCACUGCAGUCACCACUGUAAGUUGAGUGAGAAGGCGAGGAGCAAGGGGUGCUAAAAUCCCCUGGGUAGGUUGAGUGCUAAGGGAGCGGAGCAAGAGGCCUGAAACCACGGGCUGAACUGAGUUGAGUUGAGUGAGAGGGAUCCGAGAGGGGUCCCUGAAAUCCCCUGGGUAAGUUGAGUGCAAGGGAGCGGAGUGGAGCAAGGGGGGCGGAAACCCCCGGGGUGAGUUGAGUGAGUGGAAGAGAAGAGAGGGGGGCUGAAAUCCCUGCGGUGAGAAGAUCGGCCUGCGCACAGGGCAGGACAGCAAAUGAUGAUGCUGCAUGGGGUGCCUGAUGCCGUCCUGCCCCUGUGCUAGUCCAGUGAUAUGCGCUCCCUGAGGUUCCAAGGGUAAGGUGAGUGAGGGGUAGUGAGGGGUAGUGAGGGGUAGUGAGGGGUAGUGAGGGGUUUGUGCAGAGCAACCACCGGGGUAAGUUGGUUGAGGGGCAAAAAACAGGGUCUGCAAGCACCAAGGGGAGUUGAGUUAGAGGGAGCAGAAAAACGGGCCUGAAACCCCUGAGGACGGUGCAGUGAGAGAAAGGGGUCCCCAAACUCUCAGGGCAACUCUCAGAGUAACUGAAUGGUCGAGGAGGAGGUUGCUUGCAACCCCCGUUGCUUGCAACCCCCGUUGCUUGCAACCCCCUAGGAGGUUCAUUGAGGCGCAACGGAAGGAGCUGCAACCACCGGGGUAAGGUGAGUGCUGAGAGGGGGCCUGAAGCCCCCAGGGUAAGUUGAGUGUGAGGGAGUGUUGAUAGGGGGUCUGGAGCCCCCAGUAUUUAAGGGGCUGAAAUCCCUGCUGUAAUGGGCAGGGGAACCCCCCCUCCUCUGCCUUUGGUUCGCCUUAACCUGGGGGUUUCAACCCCCCUCUCUUGCCUCUCAAUCGCCUUACCCCAGGAGUUUCAGCCCUCCUCCCAUUUCUUACCCUUGUGUUGCCGUGGAGCCUCCACCCCCCUUCUCUGCUCCCCUCUCUCUCCUUACUUCGUCCUCUGCCCCUACCUUUCCCCAGUGGGGUUAUUAUCCCUCCGGCUUUGUCCUGGGGGGUGUAACCCCCUUAAGCCAAUGUGAGCUGAAACCUCAAGGGCUUCGUGAGUGGGUGGAAGAGAAAGGGGGCUGAAGAGAAAGGGUGAGCGGAAGAGAAGAGGGCUGGAUGUCCUCAGGUGCGUGAGAGAAAGGGGAGGGUUGAGCCUGGAGCGCCACAUGAUAGGCAGCAAAUGAUGAUGCCCCACGUGUUGCUUGAUGCCCCACGUGUUGCUUGAUGCCCCACGUGUUGCUUGAUGCCCCACGUGUUGCUUGAUGCCCUAUCAUGUGGCCUCGUCGGUCCAACCCUCUCCAAAGUGUAGAAAGGGGGCUUGAAACCUCAGGCUCAGGGUAAGUUCAGCGAUUGGGGCAGGAUAAAUGGGGCGUGGAAUCUCCAGACUAAGUGGAGUGCGGGGAGCGGAGGGGGACUGCAGCAACCACGAGGAGGGAGAGAAGGAGAGGCUUGAAACCCCUGGGGUAUUUCGAAU